UAUACCUUGACUGACAAAGUGACAAAAUUAAAUUAGUUAAUCCAAAUCCUGGCUUUUGUGGUUAAUUUUCCCAAAAUUUAAUACUCGCACCCGCAUAACAUAACCAAAAAUAAAAGCCAAAGCAAAUGUAGAAGAAGGAACAAAGAUUAAAAAUCGCUUCGCUGGCAGUUGGGUGAUUAAAAUCAGCUUUAAAUCUAAUAUUUAAAGUUCACAUCUAGCUCUCGGUCUCGAUCUUGAUUUCGAUUCCGUCGAUCUAGACAUCGACUCGACAUCCACGCGAGCAGAGCAGAUGUCAAGAGACAAAAAUAAAAUAAAAAAUGACGACUACCUCCCCAAGGUCGUCGAGUUAUAACACCUAAAUAAAUUAAUAAUAAUAACAACAACAAUUCACCUUCUCUUGAGUGAGUUUCAAAACAAAAUUUAAAGAAAAUUUUGUCAAAGCUAAAAAAAAAGUGCCACACAACUCGUAAUUUCUUAAUAACAACAACGACAUCCAAGUCUGCGUCCAAGAAGAAAUUCCAUAACAAAGAAAACCAAAAAUAUAUUUGGGUUGGGAAGAUUUAUCAUUUUGAUCAGUUUUUAAUCUUCUAAACAUUAACAAAAGAAGAAAACAAAACUUGUGAAGACGAAUAAAUCAAAAUCCACAGCUCGAACAUUUUGUGAUGAGAAGAAAAAACAUAUUUUUUACGACAUUGAAUACGAUUUAUUGGAAUAUUUUUAUAUUUUGCGAAAAUUGCCUUAAUUACAUUCUCCGUAAGUUCAAUUGGCCCGCUCUGUCAGUGAAUUACAACAUGGAUUGGAAUAAUCUAAAUCAAAACCAAGCAGACCAAAACGAUACGUCCAGCAGCUCGUCGAGUAGCAGCGAGAGCAGCAGCAGCAGCAGUAGCAGUGACGAUGACAUGGACAUGGAUAGGGAUGAGUACGUUUUCAGGGCGUACGAGUUGACUAAGGUUAACUACAAACUCCAAAAGUCUGACGCAUUUCCCGUGUCGAGGAGUGGCCAUAGAGUUAUUGCAUCCGAUGCUCAUCUAUUUUCGCUGGGUGGUUACAAUCCGAGAUCGGCUAGAAACAGUGCGAUGCGCGGACGGUGUUUGCUCUUCCAGGAACUCUGGUCGUAUAAUUUUGCUACAAAAAAAUGGAAGUUGCUGAUGGACAGCAAGACGAAAAACAUGCCACAGGAAUUAGCCUCAAAUGCUCUUGCGAUACAUAAUAAUCUUUUAAUUUCACAUGGAGGAACUGGAUAUCCUUUUGGUGAAUGCUGCUCAAAUGAUUGCCAUAUCUUUGCAACUGGCCAACACCGAGGUGUUGUUCGCUUGACAGUCGAAGGUGUCUUGCCAACAGCGCAGUAUGGUCCUGGCAUAGUGAUUCAUGACAAUCACCUCUACACCAUCGGCGGUACAACAGGUUUUGAGUAUUCCUGCGAUGUGUUCCGUUUGAAUUUAAAGACCAAAGUGUGGGAGAAGGUUUAUAUUUGUCGGCCCGAGAUGCGAGACGACCCUGAAGGCAGAUACCGACACGAAGUCGUCUACGAUGGCAACCACAUAUUCAUCCUGGGUGGAGGUACAUCAAUGACAGUCUACGAUCUCCAAACAAUCCCCGCAUUCAAUUUGAAAACCAACACCUGGGACUACUUUGAAACCAAACCAGAUCCGACAGUUUCCGAAGGAAUGCCAAAGCCUCGCAAGUGCUUUUCAUGUGUGCAACUGGAGACGCAAAAUGGCGUCGAGGCAUACAUUACCGGUGGCCUGCAAAGCGAUUUCACAACGUACUUCUCCGACGUGUGGAAAAUCAAUUUCAAAACAAUGCAGUGGACCUUGGUGAAGACGGCUGUGCUGCCUCGACCAUUGUACUUCCACUCGGCUACAACACCUGGCAACGGUUGCAUGUAUAUAUUCGGUGGCAUCGAGUACAAUAAAACAACCAUGCGGCGUCGCAAUGAUCUCUACAAAAUGUGGAUGACAAUACCAAAACUUAGUGAAAUGUGUUGGGAUGCAAUGACCUUCUACCAUCCCAAUUUAGACAAAUACAAACGAAAUCACCUUCUGAAAGUAGGUAUUCCCGAACGGUUUGUUGAUCGCGUCGUAGAACCAAAAUCUCCAACGAGAAAUGUUAGCAGCACAUCAUCUAGUUCCUCCCCAUCCAAACGGUCUCGUUCGCUUUCGAAGUGAAAUUAAUUCCCACUUCUGUUAUUAUAAAAUUUAAACAAAACAAAAAAUAGUGCUGCUUUUGUUUGCGUGGAUUUUAAGAGAAAUUAAAAUUGUUUUGUUUUCUUUUUAACAAAAAUAAAAUAAGUAAGAACAAAAAAAGAAAUCAAUAUUAUUAUAUAUAUUUUAUUAUAUUGUUUCUUCAAUAUCAAAAAUCACUAGUUGAGGCUUUUAUGCUAAGAAUAAUUAUAUUAUUGAUAGAAUGCAAAAUAAUUUUUGAAAAUAAAAUUGAA